CACCGUCUCUCCUAUCUCGUCUCAUCUCCCAGCCCUUUUUGUCCUCUUCCUUUCACACGCCACCGCGCACGAACUCCAAAGCACACGCCCGCGCCGCGCACCGCCGCCGCCUCCCCCAGAUGACGACGCCUUCGCCAUCAGGAUCGCCGGCUCUGGAGCGACGCCUCGCCGUGCUCCUCUCCCACCUCCACCCGAGCGCGGGCGCCGCCCCGCCCACCGCUCGCAUCGCCACCGCCGCCGCCACCCGUGCCGCGGCGGAGGCAGGCCUCUCCAGGUCCCCCUGCGACGGCGGCGGCUGGGAGGGGGAGCUCUCGGCAGGCGGCUACUGCGUGUUCUGCAACAUCGUCGCGGGCACCUCCCAGACCUUCAAGCCAUUCCGUGGAGUAGAGCUCUACGAGGAUGAUGUGUGCUUGUGCAUCCUGGAUGCUAAACCACUAACCGCUGGGCAUUCGCUGAUCAUUCCAAAAAGCCAUUAUCCAUCACUGCAAACAACACCUCCAACUACAAAUAGCAGUUUGAGAAUCUCUAGGACCAAAUCUUUGAAGAGUUUGAGCAGCAAGUUGGAAGAGGUACUAGCAGCUAUCUGCUCUAAACUACCGCUCCUGAGCACUGCAAUCAUGAAGGCUACUCAAUGUGAUGCGUUCAAUGUGCUAAUCAACAACGGAGAGAAGGCAGGGCAAGUUAUAUUCCACACUCAUAUCCACAUCAUUCCCCGUAGCAAAGAUGAUAACCUGUGGUCUUCAGAGACCUACUCAAGGAACCCCCUUUCGCAUAACCAGGAAACUAAGAAUCUUGUUAGCUGCAUCAAGGAAGUACUCUCUUCUUCCUCUGAAGACUACAGUACCGUAACAUUAUUCAUGCCAUGGAACUCUGAAACAACUCAAAAAGACAGUAGAUAACCAAUUCAAAGGGCAAAUUUUCUUUUUCCUGGUUCAGCUUGAAGAGCAUUGCUGGGAGAUGAAUUGGUGUACAGCUUUAUAUCAGUCACGCCUCAAAAUUUUCAUAGUAACUGACUCUACUCAUUGUAAAAAGGUAAAAGGGGUAGAUCUUAAGGUCAUGUGAAGAAUAGUAACAAAUUGGUUUCUUGAAUUCGGUAGGCUUUAAGCUUGUGGUAUUAGGUGAUGGGAGCGAGAACCGGCAAGCUUGGGCCGGGAGUAGAUGGCGGAUACCCAUCUGCAAAAUGUUUUUUGUUAAAGAUAGAAUGUAAUCUAUUUAA